UUUAUGCCUGAACUUUUAAACCGGAAGUCGUUUAUUUUAAAAGUUCAGUUUACUCUCCAGUGACAGAUAAAGCGGACACUGAUGGUUGCACACUAAAUUCUUGCUAAAUAAGCUGUAAAAGCGUGUAAUUGUGUUCUUUAUAGCGGUAUUCUCCUCCAGAGAAAAUGUCGGCUGUGCUUCCUCGCAUUGAGCAGCUGUCCUGCAGAGUCCUGCGUGUCCUGGGCUGUAAUCCCGGACCGAUGACAUUACAAGGGACCAACACUUACCUGGUGGGCACCGGGAAAAGGCGUGUGUUAAUAGACACUGGGGAACCUUCUGUACCUGAAUACAUCUCUAAUCUGAAAGAAGCUCUGUGCCAGAGCGGGUCCUCCAUCCAGGAGAUCUUGGUCACACACUGGCACCAUGACCAUACAGGAGGAGUAUCUGAUAUUCUUACCAACAUACACUCAGAUUUGCAGGUGAGUAAACUCCCUCGUACUCCCCCACAGCCAGAGGCAAUUGGAAAUGAGACGAGGAAAUACACAUACGUUAAGGAUGGUGAUGUCAUCAAAACUGAGGGAGCCACAUUACGGGUCUUGUUCACCCCAGGCCACACUGAUGACCACAUGGCUCUCUAUCUAGAGGAAGAGGCAGCGGUCUUCUCUGGAGACUGCAUUCUGGGGGAAGGGACGGCUGUGUUUGAGGACCUCCAUGAUUACAUGCUCUCACUGCAGAUACUGCUCGAUAUCAACGCAGACAUCAUCUACCCAGGUCAUGGUCCUGUGGUGUUAAGUGCGUGCAACAAGAUCCGGGAGUACAUCACCCAUCGCUCGGCCCGGGAGCAGCAGAUUCUGCUCGUGCUGAGAGAAAACCCUGGAGAUGCUUUCAGUUCCUCUGCCCUGGUUAAACUUGUGUACAAGGAUACUCCUGAGCACUUACACAGAGCUGCAGAAAUCAACUUGGUUCAUCACUUAAAAAAACUACAGAAGGAGGGAGCAGUUUGUUUGGUUGGAGAUUCAAAGAAGUGGAAGAGCAACUUGUGACCACAACCAUAACAUAUUAUUCACAAUAAAAGACUAAUUGUUUUAGAAUUAAGAUGCAGGUAUUCCAAAUAAAUCUUUAUAUUAUGUAAAGUGAAAAUGAGAUCAGUUUGUUACCUAGAAGAAUGAUUAGCACUUUUACAAUUACACUUCUAAUUAUUAUAGACUUACCUCAUUUCAUUGUGGUUUGUCUUAAUGAGGUUUUGCAACAGUGAAAUCUUUUUACUCACAGCAUGCAAUAGCUAAGUAGAUGCAGGCAACAGAAAUCAUGUGGGCAGUGAUACUGCGUCAAACUAGCUAAGGUUUUUGUAAAAUGUAAUAUUCGGCAAGCAUGAAGUAGCUAAGAGCUAUUAGCAUAGCAACACAUUUUGUAUGAGUGAGUUUUUUUAACAUGUUGCUGCUAAUGUCUGUAAGAAUUCUAUUGAUGUCACACACACCAUGUCUGGAUAUGAGAUUAACUAUGCAGAUACACAGAAUAUAAAAUUGUUGAAUAAAGAAUAGUGUGUCCUUCUUUUA